UGAGGCGGGGGCGCGAGAGGGGAAGGAGGAGAGAGCAAGAGGCUGGAGAUUAAUCAUUGAACCAACUAAACUGAAUGGACUUGUUUAGGACUGGCUGCUCUGGGGUUUCUUAUUAACAUCUCUGCUGGCAAAUGGCCCCGGCAAGUGAGUUUUGCUGGACUCAUAGUAUAUGAAUGAGAUCUGGAGUUAGUUGCUCACAGCCGUUCCAUCAAUACUGAGGCAUUAGAGAGAAAUGUUUGCUGUACACUUAGUGUCGUUUUAUUUCACAAAACUAAAAGAGGACCAGAUCAAAAAGGUAAGAGUUGGCUGGGCUCACUGUUUUGACAUCAGCUACUUUAAAUAAGAGAAUUGUUUUUUGACUUGUGGGUUGUCAUUAAAAAAAGAAGAAAGUUUUGUGUAUGUAGUUACAACAUACACUUAGCAAAAAUUGGCAGAAGAUGAGUUUUUUUGGCUAUUUUUAAUUUAAUUGCACUCUCAUAGCUGGAAAAAAUAUCUAAGGAAAGGAAUCUUGGUGCAAGCAAAGUUCAGAAUCUGUGACAAGCACACCUAAGCUAGAAUGAUAAUUUUUAGAUUUAACAACAACGGACUGUCCCUAUGACUGUGCAAGGCUAGAGCUGCUAAUCGGGAUUUGCAGUCACAUUUUAAUACUAACAUUUUAUAUGAGGACAAAGCUGCAGUUUUCUUCCCAUGGCUAAACAGGCAGCAAUAAAUAAAUAGAUCUUCUUUUUAGAAAACACACCCAGGAAAAUUACUGCUACUACAAUAAUUCUUUUAAUAAUCAAAUGGGCUAUAACUUAAACCCAGAGGUUUAGUUAAACAUAGCAUUAGUUAUCAAUCUGGGAAAGGCUUUUAGAUCUAGUUUCGUGAUGUGUCUUUCUAAGGUCGUGUUAUUAGCCUUCCAUCAUUUUCUGAGACCUCUGCUCUUCUCUCCUGUGCACCUUCCCCCCAUGGUGGAAGAAUGCCUUUUAGUCAUUCUUCCACCAUUGUAAAAGAAUUCCUAGAAUUGCGUGUAGGUUGUCACACAACAUGUGCCCUAAUCUCUUCAGACGAUGGGUAAGUGAAGUAAUUUCCCUAUCUUGUAAAUAUGAGUCAACGGAUUUGUUAAGAGAAAAUGUGUACCUUAACAUAAAAUACGCUUUUUAAAAAACAAGAUGCAGCCUUGAUCAGUCCUGAAUUUAUUUUUUUAUCAUUGAUGGUUUAUUUUAUUACAUUUCUAUUACACACAUCGACUGCCUGUGUCCCCUGCCCUGCGGAGGAGGCUGUCCCAUCACUGGUGUCAAAAAAGUUUCAACAACUAGUCUAAGCAGCUUUUGCAUUGAAAUGGAGGAAGCUUCACUUUGUCCUUUGCCUCAGACAGCAAAAUGUAUUGGGGUGGGCCUUUGUAUCCCUUUUUCCAGCCAGAAAGCUACCUGAAAGACUUAAAAAAAUGUAAUUGAUAAAGGCAGCCCCUUGCUCUCAGACCUACAAUCUUAAAAGAAACGACACAAAUGGAAAAAGGAGGAGGGAAAAAAGCGAAUCUAGGCAUUUGGUCUAAAUUUGUAAUGACCAGCUAGAAUGGAAAUAUUUCAAGGAGAGGAGGAGCCAAAAAUUGUGGGUCUGUCAGCAGAGCUGAUGGAGAGGCUCUGUGGUCCCAUCUUUCUCCUUGGCAUUGUCUUAUCACCUGAUGGGACAGCUGCUGUAGAUGACAUUUAGGUCUGCCCCAAUUCCACAUAAUGUGUGGUCUGGAUAUAAUUUAUAGAAAAAAUGUGUAUCUGCUAUACCUCCCCUCCUUGACCACAGUCUACUCUUUCAGCUGCUUUUUCUCCUCAGCUGAACUCUGAUCCUUGGCUCGGCAGAAAGAUAAUAAUCUUGUGGGGAAGAGGCAGUGAGGAGGGUGCAGCCCCUGCAACCUUCAUACCCUCUUCAUGUGGUAAACAUUAGACAUUUCCCCCUGCUUGAUAUGCACUUCGGGGAAGGCCCAGUUUUCAACAAACAGCUCUGUUGCUGCCACGUGUUGUUUGGUCUUUAGGAGCAGUUGCUUGCUAAACUUACAGCACCACACUGGAGAUUAGUGCUACCUUCAAGAACACACAUCCCAACUUUUCCUUCUAGAUAGCACAACAAAAUAGUUAAUGGGAACAUGGCUAAUUUGUAAUCCCAGAUAUAUCUUGUAAUAUAUUAAUUAUUACCAGCUUUGGGCCCUGCCGCCAUCAAUAAAUAAAGGCUGCUGAGGAGAAACCCCAGUCUGUUGGUGGGGUAGGCCUUAAACAUUUCCUAAGCUUAAAGGUUGUCAAGUAACACUGCAAAAAUGUUCUAUAUUUUUUUUCUUUCUUUCACUUUCUGUGGUGCAUUAGCUCAGACCAACUUAAAAGAUCUUGUGGGAUUUUUAUAUUUAGAGACCGUUGGUCUAGUGUAGCAAAAACAGCAGUGCAGUCCUACACAUAUUUACACAGAAGCCCUGUUGAGUUCAGUGGGGCUUACUAAGUGGAUAUAGAAAACCCCCAGUUUGAUGAUGAUGGUGAUGGUGAUAAUAAUACUAUUAUUAGUGCUGCCAUCCACUCUGGGCAGCUUCCAACAAACUAUGAAACCACAGUAAACCAUCAAAUAUUAAAAAUCUUGCUUCGUCCAUAAACUCACUAUGUAGCUUUAAGCAAACCACCUGACCUCAGUCGCUCCAUCUGCAGUAUGUGGUAAAUGUGCUGACUUUUACAGCUACACAAUGCAUGUGAGUUACAUUGAACACAAAAUACUUUAUAAAGGUUAAGUGUGACUAUGAUUAAAUCUUCUAUUUCCAUGCAAUAUCUUCUGAAUGAUACCCAAACUCAUGCCUAGCACAGAAUAUCAAUUUUGGUUUCUCUUGGUUUCACCCAGUUUCUCAUUUUUCUAGUUGUAAGUUCAGUUUGCCCCCCCCCCCUUUGUUAACAAUGUGUUAAAACUCAUCAGCAUUUUAUUGUAAAUUUCUGCCAAUUUACACAUUUUUGUAUGUAAUCUAUGUCCACACUAUUUAGUUGGAGAAGCACUAAAUUCAAAGAAUAACCGUGUUUAGGUUCACAUGUGGUUUUGGAAAGGGUCAAUUAGAAAGGUUCAUGUUAAAAUCCUAGCUGAACCAAAUUCCUUUCCCAUCCCUACAUAGUGAAUAAACUGUGGGAUCUGGAUACAGACCACUUUCAGGCAUCUCAAACAGCUCUGAAGUAUAACACAGAAAGUGACCCCCAUUGAGAUGGCCCCCUUCUGGGCUCAUCAAUGCCAUUUUUGGGUGGGAUUCAUACCAGCAAUCUGAGGUUGCGGAAUUGCACUUGUUUGGGAGACCUUGUGCAACAAACCCCCUUCCCCAAAAUAUCAGACUUUUUGCAAGAAGGAAAGUGAUUGGGAAAUGUACCGGAAAGUGCGCAACAGUACUUGCCUUGACACAACAUCAUCUAAUUGCCUCACAAACAAAUAAAAAAAAACCACUCGUUAGAUAGCCAAUGCUGUCAAAUCAGGAUUAAUGCUCAAGAAACAGCUUAUCUGGAAGCUCCCAUAGCAUGCAGCUGUGCACAGAGACAAUAUAUCUCUUCUCCCCAAUACUUCAGUGACAACAUCACUGCCUUAUCCAGGGUCCUCCCGACUCUUGGCAGUGUCAGAUAGGUUUCCUGUGUUGACAUGGAAGCCCGGGGAAUCAUUUCUGCUCAUUUGGUUUCCAAAGGGAACGAGGAAGGGGCAAUAUGUCCUCAAAUGUGCCCUAGCAGUAGUCACUGGCUGGCUGAGUACGGAACAGACCUAUUUGUUCAACACCCUUGUAAAUAGAAUUCCCUUCCCAUUAGGUCACUCACAUGGCUAGUUUUACUCAUGCACCAGACUACCGUCUCUCACAUCCAUUCUACCUCAAUGGUACUUGUAGCCGUUAAAAUAUAAUUUAAUUUAGAAUAGAUUGUUGAUAAGGAUUAUAAAGCUAUCUUUUCGCUCUGACAUGGUAUGUUGGAUGCUACACAUUCCUAGUGCAAAGGAAUUCAUAAAAUGGGCCUCUUUCAAGUCCUAACAAAGCAGCUGUGCUUACCUUUAGACCAAAGGAAACCCACAAGUCUGUGCCAACCUCUCUUGAAUCAGACAGCACCAACAACGUCCUUAAAUUUGGCUAAAUCAUGUCUCAGUGGCUUAUUUUCACUUUGCUACCAUAGCACCUCACCAUCCCUGUUGUGCAGCCAGUCCCACAGUCUUCUAGGUUUAUCACGUGUUCCCAUUUUAAUUCCCCAUGGGCAGGACUUUUUCCCCAGCUGGAACUGUCCAGAACUCAGUUCCUGCGCUUCUCAGGAGGGCGCCAUUGCCAUUAUAAGAGAACAAGGGAGAAGUUCAUGGUGGGUUCUGGCACAUCUUUUUUUAGAGGUGCAACCUUCCAACAGUUUGACUUCACUCCCAAAGGUACACUUCUCCAUUGUCUCCUGAGACAGACGGAUGCCAGCAACGGUCUCUGUAAUUUCCAUGGUUAGCACAGCCGUUUUGUCAGUGCUAAUCCUCUGCUGCUAAGAGGAAAAUGUUUCUAAGAUCCUUCAUUGGAUCUCCCUCCCCACUGCCAUGCCUACCAAUAAGAACUGGAUUUUCUGAAUAAAUAUUUGGAAAUGAAUUUGGGAGGUUGGUUGAAGGGGGGAAGGGAAGACAAAGCAUUCUCCCUGAUCUGACCUCUGUUCAUUGGAUUGGCCUGGUUAUUUACCCAAGGGUUCGGAUGUCAACAACUCAGUAAAGUGAGAAGCAGGAUUAUUGUUGACACAGAUAAAAGUGACAAGAUAGCUCAGUCAAUCCAUUAAUGGGGGGAACAACAUGAGGGCAAUAACCUCCAAUAGGACCAACUGAACGGUCAUGAAGAAGUAAGUUUCCAAGAUAGUAAAAAAUGUGAUGCAUAACAAAAAUAAGAGGGAGGAAUAGAGAAAGAAAAAUAUAUUGUCAAGGAGGUGCAGGGCCAAUGCCAAACUUCAGUGUGAUCCCACCUUGGGCCCCUGAAGCCAAUAAGUGCUCCUGCUCCUGCUGUUUGCCACUGCUACCAAGCCUCCCCUCUCCCUGCUUAGCCCCCAGACAUGCUUUAGUGAUGGCACUUUUAAAUAGUUGCUAAGCUGCUGCUUGGCUCUUUGGAAGGAAAAUGUGUUUGAAAUCUAGGGUUUCUUUGCAGCCCUACAUGGGUGGUGGGUGGGUUAAAAGCAGGCGGUGGGAGAAUAUAUAUAAAAAACAGCUUAUAAGCAUCACUGCUACAGUGCGGGAUGGUAGCAAAGUCAGGGAACAUGGACUUUGAAGAAUGUCUAGUAACACUAUAUUGAACAAAAAUAUUGCAGGGUUUACACAGCUUGCUUGGUUCAUGCUUUUUCUUUUCCAAAGCAAGGGCAGCUAGCAUGAGGAAUUUCUUGCCCUUUCUGUUCCUAGUAGCAACUUGCAUUUGGAAGUUUCUUUGGGCAUAUAUGGGUUGUUGAUGGAGUGUACACCAAUGAGAUUGCAAGUUCAGGACUGUGUACAUAGGAUGUGUGCAUAUAUUCUUGCAUGUGUGUCGCUGCUAGUCAGUGCAAAAAAAAGAGAGGCCACCCUUCUGCAAGGGAAAACUGCUUUAAGGUGUUGUUUUUUUUUAAAAAAAAAUACACAACCAAGCUGUGUAUAAAUUUUAUGAAAUAAACACAUAUUUAUUCAUAGUAACAAUUAGUAAAAAAUAUCUUGAACCUCUUGCCCCAGGUUGAUCGGUACUUGUACCACAUGCGUCUCUCUGAUGACGUUCUCCUUGAUUUGAUGGCCCGUUUCCAGGCAGAGAUGGUGAAAGGCCUGGCAAGAGACACCAAUCCAACAGCCACACUAAAAAUGCUGCCAACUUUUGUGCGGUCCAUUCCUGAUGGCACAGGUAAGCAGCUGUUCUGCAUUCCUCCUGCCAUUAUCAACGAUAGCAAUGAGGCUAUCGAUGGCUACUAGCCACAAUGGCUAUGAUUUGUCUCCAGCGUCAGAAGGCAGAACGCCUCUGGAUGCCUGUUGCUGUUAAUCACAAGUGGGGAGACUCAUGUCCUGCUUGAAGACAUCUCAUGAGCAUCUGGUUGGAGGAUGUUGGACCAGAUGGACCUUGGGCCUGAUCCAGCAGGGCUCUUCUUAUUUUGUUAAUUUUAAGAGGAUGGUUCAUGAUAGCGGCGCUGAGAUUCCCCAAGCCAAAAGCAGAGAGCAAGGAGGCAGUGUGAGGGGAGAAUGAAGCUGCCUAUCUUCCCCAUCUCCCCUCAAAGAGAUGAAAUGAAUUCCAGGAUUCUAUAAGUAGGCAGUUAAAGCACAAUGAAGGAAAACCAAGAUCCUGUGUCCUCUAAGUUUGGGCAGAAAUUGCAAUGCAGAAAUUGCAAUGUUGGAACAGGUACUUGCCUUCGGUUGCUGCAUGCCAACCUGGAGAUGGGAGUCCAGCAACAUCUGAAGGGUCACUGAUUCCCCAUCUCUGCUCUAAUAUCAACCAUAUAUUACAAAUACAUUAGACAAUUUGUAGGAACCAGACAACACACAAUUGUUUUUUACAUUGAAAUUCCUGCAUUGCAGGGGGUUUGGACUAGAUGACCCCCACGGUCCCUUCCAGCUCUACAAUUCUAUGAUUCUAUGUCUCUGAUAAUCUUUUGCCUGUGUGCAUUUUGGACUGUCAGAGGCAGUAUGUCUCUGAAUGCCAGUCUUAGAGAACUGGGAUUUUGGGGGAACCAUUUCACUACUGCGACACAUGGUAUGCUACGUAGCAUAAUGCUAGAUGCCUGGUGGAGAUGCUUCUGGAGAAAUCUUUUAAGAAGCAUAUAUGCCUCAUAUGUACAACUGAGUUUCUAGAAUAUUUGGCUUUUAAACAAUAUAGUAAGAAUGGCACCAAUGCCCAUGUCUGAUCUCUCUACUGAGACCCCGUUUGGGCUCUGAUGCAGAGUUACCUGAAAUUUGGAAGACCCAAUCAUUUCUACCUGUUGUUUGUGUUACAGAAAAGGGCGAAUUUCUUGCUUUAGACCUUGGGGGCUCCCGAUUCAGAGUCCUAAAGGUCAAAGUGUCUGAAAAUGGGAAGCAAAAUGUUCAAAUGGAGAGUCAAUUCUAUCCAACACCUAAAGAAAUCAUCCAUGGGAGUGGGACAGAUGUAAGUAGCGUAUCUUCCUCUGAAACAUGCUCUCUGUGAAGAAUGUAUCCUAAGACAUAAAAAGAUCAUAUUAGCCAAUUUUAGUUUUAAUAUUUGCAAGCUCCCAAGGCAUACAAAUUCUUUGGGAAUAGUUAUUCAGAGCACCUCAACAGCUGCAUCUGGAAAUGAGCAUGGCUUACUAAAAGUCAGCCAAACCAUGGCUGCCACAUGCUGAGAAUAUGCAUUAAUCUUUAGAAAACCAGUGACAAUUUUGGGAUGAUAGAUGCAUAGGAUACUGGGGGAUAAUAGAUAUAGGAUACAGAGGCUAUGGCUGCAUUCAGACACAUUAUUGUGUUGGUUUUAUGAGUUAUAGCGCUAGCACUUCUGCCCCAAAUUCUAACAUUCCUUUCACACCACAAUAGCCUGUUGUGUUUUGAUCACUAUACUGCCAUGAUGUACUAAAUUUUAAAUGGCAGGAAAUGACAGUAUACCAGGAUAUUGUCCCAAAUUUCAUCACAUGGGUUUCAGUGAAAACAACAGGGAAGCUACAGAGCACAAAUUUCCCGAGGUUCUCCUAGUUAAUAUGCAAACAGAUUUUAUUUUUCUGGAGAAAAUUAAGAGGGAAUUGAGUGCUAAACUUCUGCUAGAUUCCACUAGAUUUCCAAAAGUGGGUUUUACAUUGUGUGAAAGAUUACACAAAACAGGAAAACUGACAGGUAAGGAACUGUUGGGAAGAUGAGAUAAAGUACCCUCUGAAUUAGGGUUGCCGUAUUUCAAUAAGAGAAAAUCUGGAAGCAAAGGUUGUUGAGCUUUUUGGGGCAAAAUUGGAACAACAACAAAAAUGGAUGUUUUUGAGCCUUUCCCCCCAGUAAAAUUGCCAAAAACGCCACUGCUGACAUGCGGUGCCCUAUGACAUUUCUGCUGAUUUCAGCCCAGACACUGCUUCCAAGAGCAAUAUUCCAAGAAAUUCUGGACAUAUGACAACCCUACUCUGAAUGCAGCCUCGUUUAUGCUGACCUUGUGAUAAUGUACCUUAGGCUUUUUUGUUAUCAUAUUGCAUAGAAAAUAUAACUAUUGUUAAUUAUAGGCAUUACUUUUUAUCUCCUAUUCCAUUUGAGCCGUACAGAGCCUGCAUUGUAUUCUAGUAGGUAAUAUAUAAUAACUCACACUUCCCCCCUAUUUUGAUGCAGCUGUUUCAGUAUGUAGCUGACUGUCUUGCAGACUUCAUGGAGACAAAGAAUAUAAAGCAUAAGAAAUUUCCUCUUGGCUUUACCCUAUCUUUUCCUUAUAUACAGAGAAAAUUAGAGGAGGUAAGACCAACAUUCUUUAUGGCUUUGUAACCAGGGUGAAUCUUCUCCCAAAUUAUUAACUAAGAGCUCCAGAGCUGAGAGGCUGCCAUUAGCAAGCAGCAGGGGCUCUCGUGAAAUGCCACUUUGCCCAUGCUUGGAAGGUAUAGAAUUCGUUAUGCAGAGAAUAUAGCUUUGCAAAAGUGUGCAUUAUAUCUGCUGGUUGUGAAACUAAGUAUAUAAAAUAGGUGUACAAUUUUUGCUUCUAAAACUCAGGGGCUGAGAGUGUGAUGGGAUGGGAAUAGCAGAUGUGAAGAGACAAGAAUACUUGGACAAGGCACUGCAUUGGACUCGGAAAGCAGGAAAUAUGAGUCCUGCUGCCUUGGGAAAACCUGAAAGUGCAUAGGGAUAGACAAAUUUGGCAAUUUCAGUUUCCUUCAGCUUUUUGCUUUCCGAGUCAGUUCUCCUCAUUUCCAUUUUUUAAAUCCUUUCGAAAAUUCAUCAGCAUUAUAUAUCUCCCGAUGUACAAAUUUUUGUAUGCAGUUUUGAUUAAUGUUUUGAUGAAGGGAGGCUUGCCUGGUGCCUUCAUUAUACAUCUUUAGGUGCCAGGCAAAAGCAUUCCUCUUCAACUAGGCCUUUGACUGAUUAACACCCUAUAUCCUUCUUCAAUGUGUUCCAGUUUUUAUUGUGUAUUUUGUGCUUCUAUAUUGUAUUUUUAUGCUGUGGGCCACCCUGAGAUCUUUGGAUGAAGGGCUGUUUACUAAUAAUAAUAAUAAUAAUAAUAAUAAUAAUAAUAGACAUAUUUUUCAAGUGAUUUCUCCAAAGAUAAUCAAUUUCUGUAUUUCCCCCAAAAUAUAUGGAUUUUAUACUACUUCUGCCUCUUGGCAUAUCUGUCCAAUCAAAUAUUUGAUGCUUAAAAAAUGUUUCAAGGUUUUAUGCACUGUUAAUUUUUUAUUAAUAUUUAAAAUUAGAGCAAAACAAUGCAUUAGAUCAUGAACUACUGGUAAAUUAUAGUAAAUAUGUUACACCAGCCCAUGCAUAAACUAGAGAAAGAAAAAAUAACACACACACACACACACACACACCAUAGGCUCUCUCUCUCUCCUUUAUAUGCCACUCUUUAAGCCAUGCAGCACACAUUGUUGAUGAAUAAUUGCUUCUUCUUUUAUUUCCAGGGUAUACUGAUUUCUUGGACAAAGCAUUUUAAAGCCAGAGGAGUGCAGCAGACAGAUGUGGUGAAAUCUCUCCAGAAAGCCCUCAGAAAACACCAGGCAAGUUGAGAUUUAAGAUUUGUUUUUAAUAAUCUGAUUGCAUUUUAAAAAAGCUGACAUUUCCUAGCAGUUCUGGUGUACAAGCUGGGACAUUGGCACAUACCGUAUAUAACGCUCUGCAGAAAAAGAAACUGCCCCAUUGAAACCUACAAAAUUGUUAUGUCAGAGCUUUUUCCUUCCUUGAAGUAAAUGAAAGGACUUGGAUCAACUUGUGCAUUUCAUCAGAGUAUAAUGGUCUGUCUGUCUGAAACUCCUAGGUGGUGGUGAUAUGCACCACCACUUUGAAAUCCCCAUCCCUAGGUAUUAAGCUGAUUUUGUUUUUGAAAACACUGUGGUUCUUAUUGAUUGUAAGAAUCUGAAUAUGUAUUGCUUUGACUUUACUGGUAUGUUGCAUUUGCCUCAUUAGGACAUUGAUGUAGAUAUCUUGGCUUUGGUAAAUGACACAGUUGGAACGAUGAUGACCUGUGGAUACGAUGAUCAGCGAUGUGAAGUUGGUGUCAUUAUUGGUAAUUCUAUAUCUUUUUUUUACCAGAGGCAGGGCCAAUCUGGCUUAAGAUAAAGUGAGUGUUCUGGCAGUGUAGAACAGUUGAGCCCAUGUGGCAUUGCACAAGGCACAAAAAUUAUUUUUUCUUAGAAAAAUUCAAUUCAAUUUUUUUAUUAUUAUGAAGUCUACACAUCUCCAUGUGUUUCUUCCCCCCUUCCCUUCCCCCAACAACCUCCAAAAUGAAUCCGCUGGACUCAGGAACAGGCACAAAUGCUUGCUACAUGGAGGAAAUGAGCAAUAUUGACUUAGUGGAAGGUGAUGAAGGAAGGAUGUGCAUCAAUACUGAAUGGGGAGCCUUUGGAGAUGACGCAUCACUGGAUGACAUCAGGACAGAGUUUGACAAGGAGAUUGAUUUGGGCUCUUUCAAUCCUGGAAAACAAUUGUAAGUUUAGUCAUCAGCUUGGGAUAAGGCGUCUUUCUAGUAAUGUAGCUAUUUAGGCAUGUGCACCAUCUCAAAACAACCAUGAAAUAACAUUGGGACAGAAGUAGCCUUGAAUAUAUUAAGUGGCAGGCAAGUACUGUGAAGCGCCAUUGAUACUAUUUAGGAGGAGUGUUUUGGCCAAGAAUCUGGUUAAAUCCUAAAUCCCCAGGGGUUUAGUAUCCUUCCAGUGAUUGUUUGGGGUAGGCGGGGGGACAGUGCCCUUCUCUCUGACCCCAAAUACAUUCCUAACUGUACUUUCACAGAAGGGUGCUGAAUGGCCCACGUUAAAUAAAUUGUGUGUGGUGCAGUGUGUGUGUUCUGAGUUGGGAGUUUUUUCUGAGUCCUUCCCCCAUUCCAGGGGGGUGUAAAAGAAUAAAGAGUCCUUUGCUGCCAUCUUUCUUUCCACAAUCCUUUGUGGGUCUCCGUGUGCUGCGCUGGCUCACCAGAUGCAGCUUGUCACGCUGGCCACGUGACCCGGAAGUGUCUGCGGACAGCGCUGGCUCCCGGCCUCUAGAGUGAGAUGAGCGCACAACCCUAGAGUCUGGCAAGACUGGCCCGAACGGGCAGUGGUACCUUUACCUUUACCUUUUAGUAGCAGUAGUAGCAAUAGGUAAUCAUGAUAACAAUAAUGAUUUUAAUAGGGAGCGCUUCCAGACAGAGGAUUAAUAUUACAAAUGAGUCAUUGGGAACAGUUUUUUCUCCUUUUUUGGGGGGGAAAUUACUGGAUUUCUUCCAAGAAAUGUAAAUGUAAUUCUUUAUUAGAAAGCAUGAAAUGCCCUUGAUGCUUUCUGACAACAGCUUUCUGUUGAAUUGCAGGUUUGAGAAGAUGAUUAGUGGUUUGUAUUUAGGAGAACUCGUAAGAAUUAUCCUUCUGAAAAUGACAAGGGAAGGUUUGCUUUUCAACGGGAAGUUGUCAACAGCUCUCUGCACCAAGGGCAAGAUUGAGACAAAACACAUUGCUGCCAUGGAAAAGUAAGAGGCUUUAAUCUGUCCCUCAGAGAGUUUUCUGUAAGUGCAGCUUCCGUUCUACAAUUUGUGCAAGCAUUGAUUUUGGGCAGCUACUCUGCCUUCAAAGCUACUCUGCUUUGGUGAGGCCAAACGCUUGCAGAUGUUAUUUAGGGCAGCCUCUUCCUUCUUGCUCCAUAGAUCAGACCAGGUACGAUGAGAUUUCAGAUAGAGUGGACAGUCAAUCACACAAAAGCAGUACAUGAUGCUGCAAAAAAUAGGACACAGCUUUGCAUGUAAUCUGCAUGUACUAAUUGGCAUGUAUAGAUGCACCUUUAGAAAUUACCAUGAUUUAAAUAGAAACAUAGUACAUCUCAGGACAGUAGGGAAGAUGGUGGCCAAGGGUCUGUUGACCAGGUAGAAACUGCUGGUGGGCAACUGCAAGGCCUCUGCUCUCUUUUCUUAUGGUUUCUUGGCUGUGUACAUUUAAAGCACAUGACUUCCUCCAAAGAAUUCUGGGAGCUGUAGUCUGUCAAGGGUGCUGAGAACUGUAAUUCUAUGUAGGGUAAGCUACAGCUCCCAGGAUUCUUUGGGGGAAGCAACACACUUUAAAUGUAUAGUGUAUAUGCAGUCUUUAUCUUUAAUUCGAUUUGGACCAGAUAGCCCUUCUGAUAGAAGAUACCUUCAAAUAGAGGACUGUCCUCUGCAAAGUAGGACACAUGACCACCUACUUUCAGAAAUUUCUGGCCUGCUUACUGGUUCCAUACAGAAAGUGGUUCACCUCUGUCUCCCUCUCACUACUAAAAGCUGAAGUGGUUUCCUCAGGCAUGUUUCUGAUUCCUUUGUUCCGGGUUAGGUACAAAGAAGGCUUGAGCAAUACUAAAGAAAUUCUGACGGAACUGGGCCUGGCUCCAUCGGAGGAUGACUGCAUUGCCGUUCAGCACGUCUGCACUGUUGUUUCAUUUCGCUCAGCAAAUCUCUGUGCUGCAGCUUUGGCAGCGAUACUCACACGCCUCCGUGAAAAUAAAAAGGUUGCAAGGCUCCGAACGACCGUGGGAGUUGAUGGGACGCUGUAUAAGAUACACCCUCAGUAAGUCACACUGAAGUAGGUAGGGUGGUCAUGCCUGGGAAAAUUAUCAUUGCUCAUCUGCAUAUGAUAAUUAAUUUAAGGGUAUGCAGUCAUCUAGCAAUCAUGAUGACUAUGAGCCAAGUUGCCUUUGAAAAAGGGUCAGAAAAAUUCAUGAGCUGUCAACACUUACUGGCUGUGAUAGCUGUACAUAACUUUAAUGUAUCCCAUAAUGUUUGUCUACUGAUGGAAGACUCUUUGAUCUAGUGGAGGCUUCCAUUGGCAGAAUGGAGUUAGAGGGGCAAUUUUUUUUGUUGAUUUUCCUCUCCCUUCAGAAGCAACAUGGAGGAUGGUGUGGAGGCUGCAGUGAGGAACUGGCAAAAAUGUGCCUCCUUUGCCAUUAUAGUGACAUAAGCAUCUGCUGGAUCAAAGAACCUUCUAUCAGUAGAAGGGCACCAGUAGAAGGGAUACAACUUGAUACAGUAUUUCUCUGGUUACCAGAUGCUGUAGUCAAACUUGAGCAAAUGGCUAUUGCUAUUAAUGCCUAACUGAUGAGCUUUCCACAGAUAUUUGGCUGGCCACUGUUUGAUAUUCUGAUCUAGCAAAGCUUUCUACUUGGUUCUUGAUUAAAACUGCCCUCAGAGGCACCGCUUGGUCAGCAAAAAACUAGCCUAAAUAAGAUCUUAUGGAACUUCAGAAGAAUGGUCUGGCAGUGGUUAUUGCCAGGGAAAUCUGUGGACAGUUCUCUGCGAUUCUGUUUCCUUCACACGUCCUGCUUUUGGCAUGGAUCUUGCACCCACCAAGCUGAGGGGGUGCAAAAUUGAGAUGAUCCAUAAGUGAGAAGAACCAUUGAUGGUGCCAUAUUUUGGCCUCACACAGGGCACAAAUUUCUGAAAAAUUAUGGAAGUCUGCCCCUGCUUAUGGCAGCCCUGUUUAGGGAAGCUUUUAAUGUUUGAUGUAUUACAGUAUUUUAAUAUUUUUUGGGAAGCCGCCUAGAGUGACUGGGGAAGCCCAGCCAGAUGAACGGGGUAUAAAUAAUAAAUAAUAAUAAUAAUAAGAAGAAGAAGAAGUAGUAGUAGUAGUAGUAGUAUUCCAUUGGCAUCUGGUUGGCCAAUGAGGUAAACAGGAUGCUGAGAGGAGGGAGCAGGUAGGCCUUUGACUUGAUUAAUCAGAGAUCUUUUGUUCUGUGCUCAUGAACUGUGUGGACUUGAAUCAAAAGGAUUUCCUUGAUCUGUGAAAGUCCUAAGCGACAUAAGGGAGAAAGCAAUUUAGCGUAAUGGUGUGUGCUCCCUUGUAUUUUAUUGUGCACACAAUAUUUGUAAGCAUUUAAAAGACCUUUUUGGCUUUAGGUAUGCUAAGCGUCUCCAUAAAGUAGUCAGAAGGCUGGUGCCCAACUGUGACGUUCGAUUUCUGCUGUCCGAGAGUGGCAGUGGGAAGGGGGCUGCGAUGGUAACUGCUGUUGCGUGCAGACUCUUAUCUCAGCGCAGACAGAUCAACGAGGUCUUGAGCCUCUUCAAAAUAACCAAAGAGAACCUCAUAGGUGUGAAAAACAGAAUGAGGGCAGAACUGGAGUAUGGCCUGAAGAAAGAAACACAUCCUACAGCCACUGUGAAAAUGCUGCCCACAUUUGUUUAUGGAACACCAGAUGGAACAGGUAAGAACACAGAAAGGCAUAUCUAAAACGAAGGGGAAGGUUGAUGCAGAUUGAUUUCGCUUAUUUGACUAUAUUGACAGGGGACCUUCCCAUAUCCCCCCAGCUUCUCAUUCCUUGUUAUGGUUAUACCAUCUGAUAUUCCAGGAACAAGAUUGUAGUUUGGUGCACUGGUUUGCUGUUAUUUUAUUUCACAACUCUGUAUUUUUCUCUGUUACUGACCUAGUUUUUCCGGUGUUUACAUGUUCUUGUACGUAACAAAAAAUUAAAUAAAAAGCUUUUAAAAAGAGAGAGAGAGGAGGUAAUAAAAACAACAGAUAAGGUCACAGGCUCCCCAGAAAGCAGUGAACAUGUUUGAAAAGUGAUUUAUAAUUUUUUUGAACAAGAAGCUCAGAGCCAGCAAGUUUGAUUUGGAAAUUCCAGGAGCCUUUCUGUCCAACAGUUAGGAAGGAAGACUUCAGUCAGAUUAAAAUGCUGAUUUUUCUGUUGCAGAAAAUGGAAAAUUUCUGGCCCUUGAUCUUGGGGGAACAAAUUUCAGAGUUUUGCUUGUAAAAAUCAGAAGUGGAAGAAGCAAAUCAGUCCGAAUGUACAAUAAGAUCUUUGCCAUUCCUUUGGAAAUUAUGCAGGGGACAGGUGAAGAGGUAAAGUAAAACAAGCCAGUUAUUUAUUUUUAUUGAACCUGUGGAGGGAAUGGGGUAUUUUACUUGCUUACUCUGUAAUAACAGAACCCAAUUCCCACUCCAGUGGUUCUCCUAAACCCUUGCCACUGACAGCAUUCAGUCUCACUUAUUCCUUCUGAACACUUAAGGUAAAGGUAAAGGGACCCCUGACCAUUAGGUCCAGUCGUGACCGACUCUGGGGUUGCGGCGCUCAUCUCGCUUUAUUGGCCAAGGGAGCCGGCGUACAGCUUCCGGGUCAUGUGGCCAGCAUGACUAAGCCGCUUCUGGCAAACCAGAGCAGCGCACGGAAAUGCCGUUUACCUUCCCGCUGGAGUGGUACCUAUCUAUCUACUUGCACUUUGACGUGCUUUCGAACUGCUAGGUGGGCAGGAGCAGGGACCAAGCAACGGGAGCUCACCCCGUCAUGGGGAUUCGAACUGCCGACCUUCUGAUCGGCAAGUCCUAGGCUCUGUGGUUUAACCCACAGCGCCACCUGCGUCCCUCUAAACUCUUAACUUACCAAUAAACCAGUGACUAUGGGGUACAGGCGUGAUACAAAGCCAAUCAGAUAUAGAUAUUAAAUGUAAAGUAUUUACGUUUAUUCGCAACAAGAUUAUUAAGUGCACAAGCUUAUCUGAUUACUUUAAGAUAGUAUAGUAUAUUUAAAUGUAUACACUUUCUUGUCACUUUAAAUACCAACAGCUUAUCCCCAGCUACUUUGAGUUUGACCUCACCCCAAAGCUGCACUCCUGCAUUGUCUCCUGAGACAGAUAGAUGCCAACAACAACAAUAUCCAGCUAUUAAUGUUAAAUUAAGAUAGAUUUAAGGAAGCAGUUAGUUACCUUAUGAAAGCGUUUAGCAAAACUGCCCUUUUACAGUGGUGCCCCGCAAGACGAAUGCCUCGCAAGACGGAAAAACCGCUAGACGAAAGGGUUUUCCGUUUUGAAGUUGCUUCGCAGGACGAAUUCCCCUAUGGGCUUGCUUCGCAAGACGAAAAUACCUUACGAGUCUAGAAUUUUUUUUCGCUUUUCCCCCCCUUUAUCUAAUCUGCUAAGCCUUUAAUAGCCUUUAAUAGCCUUUUAGCAGCUAAUCCCCUAAGCCUUUAAGCCUUUAAUAGCCGCUAAACAGCUGAUAGCGCUAAUAGCGCUAAUCCGUCAAUGGGCUUGCUUCGCAAGACGAAAAAACCGCUAGACGAAGACUCUUGCGGAACGGAUUAAUUUCGUCUUGCGAGGCACCACUGUAUUCUCUUCAUCCCAGUUAAGUUCCAUUAAUGCUAUAACAGAGGACUCCCCCCCCCCCCCAAAAAAAGCCCUUUACUGAUUUACUGAAGUGCAGGUGUGUCUUGCUGUGUUGCUAUUGAAAUCUUCCCUCUGGUGAUCCUGCCAGUCACCAGAAACCAACAUGCCAAGCUGCUCCUCACUUCUCCCCGCCCCCCAGUGCAGAUUGGUUCUUCCCUUGCCCCUUCAGCCGAAGCCAAACAAUUAAGCUACCCCCAGCAAGUCUUUGGCCUCCAAGUCAUUCCACCUGCCACUCAGACCUUCCUUCGACAUUCCCCAGUCCUUGUCCUCCACUGCCUUCUUCUGACUCGACUCCACAAACAUAAAGCACCAAGAACUCCAAUAAUAUUCUCUUUCUUCCCUUCUAGCUGUUUGAUCACAUUGUCCAGUGCAUUGCAGACUUUUUGGAGUACAUGGGCAUUAAAGGUGCCCGACUUCCUCUUGGCUUUACUUUUUCCUUCCCCUGCAGACAAGCAUGUAUUGAUAAGGUAAGGAGGGGAGCUGAGAUUUGACAUGCUGUUUUGUUUCCUCUUUUAAUCUGGCUUAAUCUUUGCAGAAUUUUCCAUAGAAACAUUUCAUUAUUGUUUUAAUUCUUCCCUUCCCUUCCCUGUGGACUGACAAGAGUUUUAUCACAGGUUUUACCAGACAGUGUAUAAAAUUGAAUGUGUUAAACAAAAAACAAUCUCAUUCUUGCACGCACUUAGGCAGAUUUACUUUGGAUAAGGCAUGCUUGACACAAGGCUGCUGAUGCAUACAGCAGCUCAUGGAGAGUUAAAGCAAAUUAUUAAGGAUGUGUGGAAUACAAAACAACAAUUCAGAUCGAGUCCAAGGUAUAUGUUUUUUCUGCACUGAAAAACCACUUCUAUAUUUUCAGAGGCUUUGUGUUGCAACAAUAACAGGAGUGGCAGUCAGUUUGAAUUGCAUGACCACUUCUGAUACCGGUGUUGCACCUCCGUCAGGGAUGCUGAUACAGGAAGUAAUCAAACCAUCCAGCUUUCUGCUUCAGCCAUGGCCAGCCAGUUACUUAUGGCACCUGGCAUACCGUGAAGUACCACUGAUUUAAACUUCCCAAUGCUAUGUAACAGGCUGCCUUGGGAGUUGGCAAGCUCUCUUGCUAGAGAGUGUACAUUUGGAAGGGAUCUUAGAGAUAAUCUUGUCUGGACUCUUGCUUGAUGCAGGAAACCCACAACGACAGAGUGUAUAGCCCUCCUGCUCUGUUCCCUGAAGCAUCCCCCUCUAUCAGAAAGGGAGCACUUUGGUAUUUUAAUAUUUCCCCAAAAUGCAAUAUGUUGAACCAAGCUCCUCUUGAAAGUGUAAUCCAACUUUUAAGUGUUCUACCUGUUUUUCUCCUCUUGGUGUAAGCAUCUUUCAUUUAUUGAUUGUAUGACUUCCCCACUUUAGGGAACUCUUGUUGGGUGGACAAAAGGGUUCAAGGCAACAGACUGUGAAGGAGAGGAUGUUGUUGAUAUGCUCAGGGAAGCUAUCAAACGAAGGAAUGUAAGUACCAUUGUGGGGAAAUCUCCCAAAGGUUCAAGCACCAGUCCCUUGCUAUGACAGGAGUAUAGAACUGAAUCUCAGUUAUCCAAAUGUAGCUCUAUCACUAGGUGCUGCAAAUACUCUAAAUGCUUUCAAAGGUGUUGGUUUCAUUCUGUGGACUCCUUCGGAUAUCCUUUUUAUUGUGCUUUCAUGAUGAUAGAUAGUAUAAAACUAGUGCUUAGUGCACGAUACAUCAAAGGGUGUGUACAGUGGUACCUCGCAAGACGAAUGCCUCGCAAGACGAAAAACGCGCAAGACGAAAGAGUUUUCCGUUUUUUGAGUCAUUCCGCAAGAUGAAUUUCCCUAUGGGCUUGCUUCGCAAGACGAAACGUCUUGCGAGUUCUUGCGAGUUUGUUUCCUUUUUCUUAAAGCCGCUAAGCCGUUAAUAGCCGCUAAGCCACUAAGCCGUUAAUAGCCGCUAAGCCGCUAAUAGCCGUGCUUCGCAAGACGAAAAAACCGCAAGAUGAAGAGACUCGCGGAACGGAUUAAUUUUGUCUUGCGACGCACCACUGUAUGUGUUUGUUUGUUUUUCGCUCUUUGCCCAUUCACAAAAUCAGUUUUUUAUUUCAGGAAUUUGAUCUGGAUAUUGUAGCAGUGGUAAAUGAUACAGUUGGGACAAUGAUGACAUGUGGCUAUGAAGACCCAAACUGCGAAAUCGGCCUCAUUGCAGGUAAAAAGCAAUCCUGUAACACUUGUGUAUGGAUGUUCCAGGGUGUGACAGAAUAAGAUUUGUAACCAACAGUGAAAUGAUAUGCUAAAAUCUUUUGGGAGAUGGAAUCUUGGUCAACUUGCUGUUUCUGGGGAUGGAUUCUUGUGGGCAAGAAGGGGAGAACCUUUGGUCCUUCGGAUGACAUUGGACUCUUAUUGGCCCCAGUCAGCAUGGCCAAUAGUCAGGGAUGGUGGAAAUUAUAGAUGAUGGGAAUUACAGUGAGCCUUGAUGGGAAUGAUGGAAACUAAUAAUGUUAUGAGCAAUACAGAUGAGGAGAGAAAGGGAACCUACAAAGUGUUGCAUGCCACCUAGUGGUAUGAGGUAUACACUGCAUCCCAAGUUAUAAUAUGAACCUUAGUUACCUAGAUAUAGGGCAUAAAAUUGAUUUAGUUCGCAUUUAAAGGUAACCCUACCCAAGUCACAGGGACGCGGGUGGUGCUGUGGGUAAAACCUCAGUGCCUAGGACUUGCUGAUCGCAUGGUCGGCGGUUCGAAUCCCUGCGGCAGGGUGAGCUCCCGUCUUUCGGUCCCAGCUCCUGCCCACCUAGCAGUUCGAAAGCACCCUUAAGUGCAAGUAGAUAAAUAGGUACCGCUUUAUAGCGGGAAGGUAAACGGCGUUUCCGUGUGCUGCGCUGGUGCUGGCUCACCAGAGCAGCUUCGUCACGCUAGCCACGUGACCCGGAAGUGUCUCCGGACAGCGCUGGCCCCCGGCCUCUUAAGUGAGAUGGGCGCACAACCCUAGAGUCGGACAUGACUGGCCCGUACGGGCAGGGGUACCUUUACCUUUACCUUUACCCAAGUCACACUUUUUGAAACAAUAUACAAACUGAAAGCCGCUGUUUGAAAUUCGCACAACUCAGAAUUUUGCAAAGCCAUGUAAUGUGUACAGAAAUGUAUAUAUUGCAGUAAAGUGUGUGUUUACAUGCAUAUAAUAUUGAAAAGAGAAUACCAACAUGCAAAACAUAAUGGAAAACUGCUUUGCAAAAUUGUGUAUAUUAACAUUGCUUACAAAGAUAUGUCUAUUAUGAGAAAUUCACAGUGAAAUGCUGCUGAAUUUUCAUAAGCGCUUAGUGUUGUUUUUUUAAAGUGGGGAAUUGAACAUAAGACUAGAAACAUGAGAAGCUGAGUGAGUAAAACAGAAGUUGACAGAUUUGCCUGCCCCUACUUUUAGCCCCUAAAUUUUACCUCCCACUUAGAGAAAAAAAUCAAACUUCUUCUAGGAAAUGUUUUUUUCAUUCCCCAGGUCUUUGUGCUUCUCCUGGUGGUUGCUUUAAAGGAAUAAAAUACACAUGCCUCUUCCUUCAUUCCAGGGACUGGCAGUAAUGUUUGCUACAUGGAAGACAUGCGUAAUAUAGAAAUUGUAGAAGGAGAUGAGGGCAAAAUGUGCAUCAAUACAGAAUGGGGAGGAUUUGGCGACAAUGGCUGCAUAGAUAAUCUCAGGACAAAAUAUGACAAAGAAGUGGAUGAGGGGUCAUUGAAUCCUGGAGAACAGAGGUAACAGUCGGCGUUUUAUUGCUAUUGCAAUGUCUUCAGGAAGUAUGUAGGAAUGGCAGAUAAUUCUAUUAGAAAAGGAGGUGGAAAUAGUAGUUUGCGUGUUCAUGUGUAGUCAGGAAUAGAAAUCACUCAAGUGAACACAGUUGGUAUUUGUUCACAUCAUCAUCACAGCUGUUUUUAUGUCCACAAACAGUACAACAGUAAUAACCUUUUUACAUUGUUUUGAUGUUUCCUUGACAUUGAAAUGAAUGUAAGUUACGUAAAGUAUGUUAAGUAGCAGACAAUGAGGUGAAUGUUAUUACAUUUAGUGGAAACCAAAGUACAGUGCAAUGGAAACUGUUGAUUGUGAUGAGCACAGCUUGGAAUAGAAAUCACAGUUUCUUCCAUUCCUAGGCAUAUAUGAACUUUGAGUAAUCUUUCCACUUAAGAACACCCCCGCUAUCCCACUUUAAAACACCUUACAAAGCAUGAGUCUGUUGCUGUCAUGUUUAUUUCCAUCCUAAGAGUCAAUGCACAUGUUCAGAAAAGGCAUGUGGUAUGCACAGACUAUAUCCCAGGCCCCAUUUUUGCAUAGGUAACUGAAAAUGUGUUAAAUGCUGUCCAAAUCCUUUUUCUUUUUUCUAUAAAAGGUAUGAGAAAAUGACGAGUGGAAUGUAUCUGGGUGAAAUAGUGAGACAGAUUUUGAUAGACUUGACCAAGCAAGGACUUCUCUUCCGGGGUCAGAUUUCAGAGCGGCUGAGAACAAGAGGAAUAUUUGAAACCAAAUUCCUGUCCCAGAUUGAAAGGUAAAACAAUGUGUUGUACUAAUAGAGUAUUUUCCCCACCCACCGCCUGCCACUUUCACACAUAUCAGACUAGUGAGAAGCAGCUGAAUGAUUGCAGCUUUGUAAAUAUUUUAUACAUCAUCAGAAAAUAAUACAGUUGGGAAAAAGAAGUGUUGGUUGACUGAGAAGCUGAACCCUGUUACUCAGGGCCAUCUGCAGUUCUACAGUGAACAACUUUACUUGGGUUUUAUUGGGUAUGAAUGAACCCAGUGUAUUUCAAACAUCAGUGUCACACUGCUUUCAGCAGUAAAGUAUUUCGAGUCUGUACUGUUUGCACUGCUGCUUCAUAAACUUUAAGUGAUCCUUUCUGCUUUGUCCUCAGAUUGGAGGGGGUGGAAAUGAGCAGCUAUUCCCUAUGCCCUUGGAUUGAGUGAGCAUGGAUGAUGCUAAUUUUGAAAAGUACAUUUCACCCAGGAGAGCUAAAAUAGUAGCAUCCUGCUUUUAAACUAAUGUCUGCAUUCAGACAUUUAAAUCUUGACUGAAUAAGCCAAAGUAUCAAGAAAUGUUUUUCCCAUGCUCUUAGCCUUUUCUCUCCUCCCUUUGAGGCGCAAGCAAGGAAACAAGGAAAUCUUUAGUUAUUUAUCAUAAUUCCCUGUUUAGUCUGAACAGGGUAAUGAUGAUUGCCACUUCAUAACAUGACACAGGGCUGGCCCACCCAUGAGGCAAAAUGAGGUGACUGGUGGCUGUGUCCACAGGGGCAGCAGAUCCUGAAAUAGAUCUUUAUUCCCCCACCUUGUUCCUGUCUCAGAUCUUCACUCACUGCUUCUUCAUCUAUCGACUUAUUUAGAAAAAGUAGGGGCAUGGUCACAGAUGGGAGGGAGUAGUGCUGGAAAAGUGUGUCCCUGCAAAGGACUUUGUGUCUUCUUACACCAGUGCUGCCUUCCAGUACAUUUGGCCCUAGCUCUGUGUCCUCCUAACCAGAAGUGCCUGUUGUGUUUUGGCUGAGUGCAGUGACCGGCUUGUCCUACUUCAAGUAAGAAGAAUAUUGCAGCAGCUUGGGCUUGACAGCACUUGUGAUGACAGUAUCAUUGUAAAGGAAGUUUGUGGCUCCGUUUCCAAGAGAGCAGCCCAGCUGUGUGGGGCCGGGCUGGCCGCUAUAGUGGAGAAGAUACGGGACAACAGAAAUCUUGAGCACUUAAAAACCACUGUAGGUGUGGAUGGCACCUUAUACAAACUACACCCACAGUGAGUACACAGCAUCACUGUUGUUGUUUUGCCUUGCAGAAUUGACCAAUUUUUUAAAGAUAAUAUUCUGCUUAGUUGAUGGGGAUUAAAAAGGUUGGGGAAAAGAGAAAUUGCCACAAUGCUGUAUCAGUUAGCCCUAUUACACUUGCUUGCAUAAGAUUGUAAUAAAGAGCUGGGAAAAGUUCUGCUUUUAAUGGGCUACAGUCCCCUCUAGAGAGAUGGGUGAUUUUCUGAAGGUCUUCCACAACAUGUCAUUGAUGGGAAGGGCCAUAGCUCAGUGGUAGAGCAUUUGUCUUGCAUGCAGAAGGUCUUAGGUUCAAUCCCCAGCAUGUCCGGUAAGGUUGGGAGAGAAUCCUACCUGAAAUCCUAGAGAGCCACCACCAGCUAGUGCAGACAAUACUGAGCUAGAUAGACCAAUGGUCUGACUCGGUAUAAGGCACCUUCCUAUAUUCCUGUGCAAUAUGGACGCAUUAGUGGUGGAUUUAUACUGGACCAUCCACACCACAUUGUGCUUUAUUAGCUGUUCUGCGCUGCUUCCUCAAUGCUGCACCCCAGGGCACCCCUCUACUUCCCCUCCCACUUAUAUUAGUGAAAACUUUCCAUGGAGAAAGCUAAAGAGCUGUACUUGCAGAUACAGUUGAAGUGAGAGAAGAACCUGCCCUCUUGCCCCUGAUGCUGGUUGACUUACAUGUCGCUGGGAGCGGGAUCUGCCAAGGGGUACAAAGUGUUUUGUGAGUGCAGACCAUACAGAGAGAGAGACUGGAUUACUGUCAAUCCUUACAGUGUAAAAGCCCUCCCUCUGUAUUCUCCUGUCCCUACCCAUCAAAAUGACAGGCAUUUUACCAGUUAAGAAAUAAACAGCAAUGUGCAAUCAUUGCAAUUUCUUUUUCUUUUUGCUUUGUUUUUCCUCUCUUUAGCUUUUCUAGAAUCUUGCAAGAAACGGUAAAAGAACUGGCGCCUCAAUGUGAUGUGACAUUCAUGCUGUCUGAAGACGGAAGUGGAAAGGGAGCUGCCUUAAUUACUGCUGUUGCAAAACGAGUGCAUAAUGUUGCUGAAAAUUAAGUGGUCAUGCAGGCAUCUGUGUGUAGCAGUGAUUUAAAAAAAAAAUAAUAAUUGUGAAACCAACCGAAGCAGUAGUUCAAAAGUGGUGCACACUUCUGUGGCCCAGGGUUGGCCAAUGUUGUGGCCUUGAGAUGCUGUUGGAGUAAAACUCCCAUCGUCCCUGGCUGUUGGGACUUGUCAUUCAACAGUCUCUGGAAGGCACCAAGUUUAGCCACUCCUAUUUGUAUCCUGAUGAUUGGGCAGCUGUGCAAACAGAAAGCAGUUUUUCUUGCCAAAACUGAGGCAGGUGUUGGCGCAUCUGAACAUAGGUUUCCAUAAGUUGUCUUAUGUUUAGAGAUACAACAAUAUACUUGACAUUUCUGUGUUAUGCUCAUAAUAUAAAACAGCCAGGCCAUAUAAAUGUAACUAUUUUGUCAACUAUUUUAAACAUAUUUAUAUGUUCUACUGCUCCCUUUCCCAUCCAUGUCCUUUCGCAUUCACGUCUAAAUAUCCUUUGUACAACUCAUAAUUUGGAAGUAGAUAUUAUGUCCUUGUAUAGGUAUCCUUGGAUAGGCAUGUGCUGAGAGCUGGCACUGUUGUUUUACUUUUUAUUGUUUCUUUUAGAAAAGGAAAUUAAAAAGGCUGAUGUGCAAAAGGUAAUCAAUCCAUGUUCUUUUUCAAACAAAUUGUUGUGUUUAAUGAGUUGCUCGCAGUUGGCGCUCCUUGGGAUGGAAAUCCAGGCCUUUGUAGAAGGAGAGAGGAGAGAUGGUCGGUCUGCGCCAUUCCACUUGGUAAUCUGGAAAUAAUAAUCUACUGACUGCCCACAGCAAUAUGCAGUGUGGCUCAAAGACUUUUUAUGACCCCACUUUCCACUUUAAAAUCAAGCUAAGGUGUUGGGCUUCGUGACUAGCUUUGGAGCAUAAGUCUGUGCCCUUUAAAAAUUAGCCUGUGGGUAGGGAUGGGGGAGAGAUUUGAUUCAGUUUGCAUUUAAAAGCGAAUCUUACCAAAUCUGCACUUUCAAAAAAAAAUAUGAGUACUGGCACACAGCUAUCCUUCAAAAUUCACACCUAUCUGAAUUUUGAGAUGCAGUUCUCCAACCAAUACUUUGUAUUUUAAUAAGAGUUGCUGAAAGUUGUGAGUGAAACAACACACAAUACCACCUAAAGCAACAUAAACAUACUUAGACUAUGUCCAGAGUCUAAAAUGCACCACUAUUUUUUGUUCAUGAUAUUUUUGUUUCAUACAGAAUUGUAGGAGUUGUAAGGGACCACAAGGAUCAUCUAGUCCAACCCCCUGCAAUGCAGGAAUCUUUUGCCCAAUAUGGGGCUUGAACUCAGGCUCCUGAGCUGCAAAGGGUACCAUCACUGCCUCCGCCAGUCACCUCAGGCAACUUGGGUUACAGUAGAUUCCUUCUUGAAAUGUGUCGGAAAUGUUGCCACUUAAAACAUUGCAAAUAUUCUUAAUGGAACUGCUUGAUGGGUGUUCAACCUGUCAAGAGGCGACCUGAAGUAUUUGUUUAAAAGGGCCCUGUUUCCUGCUGCUGUCAAUCCAACAAGAACUAUUUCCAUUUUUUUUACGAAUGAGAAUGUGCUUAGGGAAACACCUAAGGUGUUUGCAAAUAGCAUUGUCUUUUUGUAUGUGGGAAUCUGAUUUCAUAUAAUAAAUAUGGAAUAAAAGGAGGACCUUGUAUAAUUGUUAAUGACACGUAAUUCCUUUAACACUUUAGAAGAUGCUGCAACAAGCUGCUUUCAAACAUAUUUUGGUUCAAUUUAUGGAAAUACGUUGUUGGAUUAAGCUUUGUAGGAGGUGUAUACAUUACCAAAUACCUAAAGCAAAGAAAGGAACGAG